UGGGUGGAGACUGAGAUCCUCCUCCAAAAUUUAGUCACACAGACAACACAAGUCAGCCUAAGCACAUAAGCAGCAACUUUAUUACAGGCCUAGGCAGCAUUUAACUGGGUCAAUUAGUUUUUAGGUCCUGUACAGCACAUCGGAGCAGUUUGCAAACGUUACAAAACAAGGUAAGUGUUAGACUACGUUAGUUAGUUUGGGGAAAGGUUCAGUGAUAAAAGUAAGACAGGCGGAGUUUGGCUCAACCACCACCACCACCAGCAGCAGCAGCAGCAGCGAUAGUCCUGAUAAAAGUGAGCCAAAUUAUCUUAUCAGUCCACUUCUAAGUAAAUUCCUCAGACUGUGUUUGUGGAGAAUUCGUGUGUGGAGGAUUUCUUGGUGAAAUUUCCUGACUGAACGGUGUCUAAUGUUAAAGUGAUGCUCGGUGUUUCGGGAGUGACGUGUCUGUUGGUCUGAACAAAUAGGCUAACGUUAACUUAUGGCGUCCAACCUCAAAAACAGCCCAUCAGAGGUCCAAAUCAACCACAAAAACCGACAUUUCUAGUAGUAAAAGUUUCACAACACCGUUAAAAAGAAGCGAAAAUAGUUUUGUAUUUCGACGCAUUCACGCCUCUGGAAAAGUUAGCGCAAGAUAACAUAACGUGAGAUCUGACUUCCACGAAACAAAUGCUACAUUUAGCUGCUAUCCAGCGCAAGUUUUACCCUCACUAUUGUAGGCCUACAGCCAAUCUACUAAAAAGUCUCAAAUGUAACUUAUAACCCAACCAGGACAUGUUGUUUCUAAAGCUGAUCAGGCAUCAGUUUAUAGAAUAUAUAGCAAUAUCUCCUGAUGUUCACAUACUGUAACUCAAACAGUGUUGUGCCUCUGACAAAGGUGAUUUGGAGUCAUUCACUGUCUUCAGAACAAAAUGUAAACACAUUAAAUGAAUUUAAGUCACAAAUGCAAAGAAAAAACAAGGGCACAUCUGAAACAGUAAAAGGGGUCACUGAUAAAGUAAAGUUUGGGGGUUGUGGGAUCACAGUUUCACCAGAUAUGUGUUGUGUUUUUGAGACUGUCAUAGGGAUUUCCAAAGCCCACAAAUCAAGUAGGCUUACCCCAUAGGCCUACUACUUCAUGUCUUACUGCUGUCACAGACAAUAACUCAAAUAACUUUAUUUAAGUAAAGGGUGACUGUCCAUGUUUGUAGUUGUUCAACUCUGGGACAGAGCAUGAACUGGUCUGCCUUGUUUUUUUAAGAUCAGCAGCACACCCCAAGCAAGCUGUUGUAUUUUCCUGUCAGCGGGUGUGCUCACUACUGCCAAACUGUUAACUCUGAGUGCUCAGAUAAGGCCUUCUCUGAAGACUCGAUGAAACAAUGUCUUCAAUAGACUAAGAUUUAAGAGUUCAAUAGACUGAAGGAAGCCUGAAUUUGCUCAGACAGUUUGCAAAUUGGGUCAAGUUAAACAAGGUAAAAGUCUAAGUGGAACUCUUCUAAAUGCAGGGUUUGGAUGCAGAAAAGGCACUUCUGCUGUUUUACUCUCAACACACAAACAUUGAAGCCUGAAAUUAUGCAACCUGAAGCAGAGCCUGACAUUAAACAGGGUCAACGGCAAAAAUACAAGAAUUUACUGUAAAUUUUGUGUGUGCGUGUGUCUGUUUGAUAAUGAGAUUACUUAUUUUUCAGAGAGAUGAGUCAGGCGGAGCAGGUGCCUGAGGACAUGCCUGCAUACCUCAAAGAUGAGCCAGAAUCCACCGGUAAGUAGUGUUACAAAAGUCUUUUGACCGUAAGAAAUGUCUGUUUAUUUACACCAGCAUGUGCCCAAAGACAUAAGAUGGUGCGGUGGCAAUGAUUUGUCCGAACUAGUGUGGGACACAUUUAAUUAAAUCAAGAAUUGUUAAAUUCACUGUGAUUUUUUUUGCUAGAAUUGUUAAGGUUGAUCUUACAAGAUAAGUUUUUCCUAUGAGGUCAGAGAAAUUUACAAUAAUUUAUUGUGCUUUUGACACAAUUACUGUUUUAUGUACAAACAAAUGUGGUUUUGCAGGAGUGGUUGAAGGGUGUGAAGGUAGAAAUGAAAUACAGAAAAUCAGUGUGAAGAAAAAGGAGCAAAUAAUCUUUUGAGGGAACUUUUUAUUUAAGAAAAAUUCAAUCAAAAGUUACUGUAGUUCCCAUUAAACCUGGCGGUCAAGAGUUCCAGGUUUGGGAAUGAUUAAAUGUCAGUUUUUCAUAGUUUUUAUUAUUGUAAACUGUAUUCAGACUUAGGGCUGGCGCUUAUUCAUUAGCAAGGUCCACUAGUGUCUAAUUCCUUAUAUUUGCGCAUAUACUUUGCCAAAAACGCUGAUCCUGAUCUCUCUGAUAUCAUCAAAUCAACUUUAUUAAGUGCAUAUCACUUGUUAGAUUUAAGAUUUAUUUCAAGGAUUGCCCUGUUGUUUAUUUUUCUCAUGCAUCACUUCUUUUCUGCAUGCUUGUAUUGUCAUGCUAUGUGUCAAAUCAGGGCAUCACUGUUAAGAUAGCCUCAUAUAACAGAUGGGACACAGUGAUUCCUUCCAGCAUGAUCACACAAUAUAAGCUACACUUAAGUACACUCACAGAUGAGAAUUAACCACACCUGAUUAAAUUACAUUUUAAACAAAUCAAAAUUUGCUGUAAAAAAAAAGCCACUGACAACUUUCCCUGGUUCAUGAUAUAUGCUUAAUAACAGUCAUUAAAAUAAUCACUGGUUAGGAUCACUGAUAACGUAGAUAGCUGUUAGUAUUUGCUGCUCUUUGCCCAUGAUGUAUUGAAUCUUAAAUGUUCCCCUGUUAUUUUAAAUCAGACAACAAGGAUCAUCCACAAGCACAGCCGGGCAUGUUCGGCAGGUUGACGGGGGGCCUCUACGGUGCCACCAAAGGAGCUUUAGGAGCCACAGUGAGUGGUGUAACCUGGAUAGGAGGAAAAAGCCUGGACCUCACCAAAACUGCUGUGACCUCUGUAGCUGCUGUGCCUGCGAUGGGUGUGGGGCUGGUUAAAGGCGGGGUGUGUGCUGUAGCUGGAGGAGUAUCCGCUGUUGGCUCUGCGGUGGUCAGCAAAGUUCCCAUAGGAGGAGGAGUCAAAAAGAAGGACAAAUCUGACUGAUAUGGAGAGGAGGUGUGUGAAUGCACACAGCUGAGGUGUAUGGCUCACAGUGUUUGCCUGUUUUAGCAUUCAUGAGCAGGAAAAGAGCAACUAAAGACUCAAAAGUUCAGUGUACACUCAUGCUGGUGAGGGGGUUGUGUUUUUUUUUUUUCUUUUGUUCAGUAUUUUAUUUACAUGUGACUGUUGGUUAAAAAAAAAAGAAAAAAAAAAAUUGAUUAUAUGGUAAGGACCGUCAAAGCAAGAACUAACGAAGACUAUCCUGCUCUGUUGGUUAAAAAAGUCUAAACACCGAGUUAUCACCUGUGCCUGAAGGUUUUCAAAUAAGAUGUCCAUGUUUCAUUGUUGAUGUUAAGCCACUGUUAAACCCUUAUUCUUACUGCAGUGUGUCACAUUAGUUUACUUUAGUCCUGUAAAAGUGGGUAUUGGUGUGCGUGUUUCACUUGCAAGACAAUCAAUGAUGAGUUAUGACAUUUAACUGAGGAGGGGAUGUUAUGUAGAGUAUUAAAGGUACUGUGAUUGAUAUAAAACCCGAUGAUUGAGAUACGUGUCUGUCACAUCCUAAGUGCAUUGUUGUGGUUGAAAUGAAUGAACUUUUUACAGUUACAGAGUGACUUGAGGCAAUAACUUCUUUCUGCUAACUAUGCAUUUUGAUGCUGUCAUAGUGGUAAUGUCAUUUUGAAGUAUGGCAGCAUCUCUUGCAUUGUCUAUGGUGCUAUGGACAGAAGCUUCGUCGUAGCAUAAAUCUCUCCCACUGUGCCAAAGUGUGAUGUUUUACUUCUCAGUUUCCAAUGUGUUUCUACUGCUUCUCUAUGUGGUUUAAGGUCCUCUAAUUAACUUCAAUCCUAAAGCUGGAUUUUUUUACUGCACUCUAAAUCUCAAGUGUCUUCAAUUCAAUCUCAACCUGUAGGAUUAAACUGAAUAAAAACGAGUGUUUUUGUCUGGA